AUGACGUCUCCAAAAAAGACCCUCAAGAUCGCCAGUCUGGGCAGCUCCUUUGCCGCUGGCCCCGACAUUCCCCCACAAGUCGAACCCUUUGCCGCAAUGCGAUCAGGACAGAAUUACCCCCAUCUUUUAGCAAAGCAUUUGAACGCCGAGCUCACUGAUCUGACCGUUUCUGGUGCAACAUUACUCAACAUAACAGUUGAUCCCCAGGCCACCCCAUUUAACAUAACUUUCCCGCCCCAAAUCUCCAAUCUACCCGAGGAUGCGAACAUCAUUACCGUGACUGCCGGAGGAAACGACAUAAACUAUAUUGGUGGCAUGAUCGCGGAUGCCUGCGAGGCCGAGUUGCAAGCUUCUGCGCCUUUAUCACCCAGUGAAUUGGCAGAACGCAUGGGCGGAGUUCUUGAUCAAAUACACAAGCGCGCCCCGGGAGCUCGCGUCUUUUUUGUCGAAUAUCUUGCUGUUCUGGGACCGGGCACACAAGCUGGUCGGGAUAUUCCUUUGACUCAAGAGAGACUUGAGCAUUAUCUUGGGGUUGCAUCUGUUCUACAGCAUGCGUAUUCUGUCGCCGCGGAAGGUCGAUCAGACUGGUGCGAGACAGUCCCUAUCCACCAGCUCAGCCAGGAACAUGCGCUUGGUAGCAAAGAACCUUGGGUUGGAGGAUUCUCUACUGGCCCAAUGCUACAUCCAAAUCUUGAUGGGAUGAAGGCAGUAGCAGCGGUUCUAGCCGAGAGGAUCCGAAAGAGCACAUCAUACAAAGCAUUGCUGUGA